AUGAGGGACAAGGGCGGAUCCCAAGGAUUGGCGUUGAACAAGAACAAUAAGAUUGAGUCUGAUGGGCCGAGGAGCUCGAUCCCCGGCAUCAGCAGUGGGCGUCUGGCCGCCGUGCGUUCACGAUUGAGGAGUCGGGAGGUGACGGAAAGAAAACAGGUGGGAGAUGCUGAGAGCAUGAUUAACGAGGAGCCCAGCGUGGUUCAGCCAGGGGGAGCCAAAUACGUGCUAAGGACAGAGAGCUGUCUCCCGAACGAUCUGACACUCGCGGUCUCCUGGAGAUGGUCUGGAGAUGGUGGGAGUACUCAGGCCUUUCUCCACGGGUGUUCGUCCAAGCACGACCAAGAUGCUGCCACUGCAUCCACUGAGGACUGCGACGAAGCAGACACGAUCAGACAAUGGCUUGAUGGGAUCCCCGCGGGUAAAUCUCUAGGUCUUUGGAGACAUCCCCUGCUCCCGGCCCUCCUGCUCGGGGAGAUGCAGCUGACACGCCACGCUGAUCGCUUUGAGAGUCUUAAUCGGAAGUUCAGCCAAGUAUUCCAUGACAUCCAGAUAGCCGCUCGUCAGCCACACCUUGCCGACCAUUGGACAAAUAGGCAGGUCUCGAAAUGGCUUCAAGAUAUUUGCGACAUGUUUGAAUAUCAUCACAAAUUCCGACGAAUCAUCGUUCUCUUCAUCGAGAUCCUGGAGACUCUGCUCAAGUUGUGUGGUGAAGCCAACAUCACUGGGACUUCCAAAGCACACCAGGAUUUCCGAAUCGCUUCAGAGUCCAUUGCUUGUCGCUUUCGGGGCCUGCUUCAGAACUACUCUGCCCUAGAAGGCCAGGCACAAUUUUUGAUCGACGGCACUUCGUUGCUCCAAGAAACGCUAUGGGGUGUUACUGCACAAAAUAACAGCCAGAUAAACACAAAGAUCUCCAAUACAAGCAGAGCCAUCGCAAAGGCUGCGAGUCAAGACAGCUCGGCCAUGAAAGCACUGGCCGUGAUCACUGCAAUAUUUCUACCAUCUACAGCAAUAGCGACAGUGUUCGCCUUGCCGAUAAUCGAUUGGACAAAACAGGAGGCAUUCCCUCAUAUACGGAAGAGUAUCUGGAUCUAUGUGGUGACAUGCCUUGUUCUGACGGGCACCACUCUCUACUUUUGGCGUUUUUGGCACCUACGAGAUCUCUGGAAGCGAGAUGUCAACUCAAAGGCGGAUGAAAUCUCGGCCAAUAAAACGGAGUCUAGAACAAAGCCCCAACAGGCUGGAGGUGAUACAAGUGAAUACGACGGAGCGAAUCAAGGGCAAGUGGUCGAUACUCAGGCGCUCUUGUCGAAGGGGAAUAGAGCAAAGGAGGAUCGCGAGCGAGUCCUGGGCGAGGCAAAGAGACAGUGGCCGUAUCCGCUCAAGCAGCUCCUCCGCUUGAAGCGUCAUUACCAGCAGCCGGACGAGGAGUCCGUGUUGGUUAUCACUCGCAGCGAAGACUCAGCACCGUCCGAUCAGGGACAAACCCACAACGCCAACCGAGAGUCCUCCGGCGUCCACGACGAGGCUGAUCAGACAAGUGACAAGAAAGAGGCGAGUCGGGAUGACCAACGCCAUCGUAUUGGCGACAGCAGCAGGAAACCCCAGUCACCAAGAAAGUCCACAGCAACACCAGCGCCACCACCACAGAAACCAGAGCCUUCGAGCCUAACAACAUCGCCAGGGAAGCCUUCUUCACAGGCGACACCCUCAACAACCUUUACCGCGGAACAACCAACAGCCUCAGAACUGAGAACUCCAGAGACAUCGAAUUCAUCAGAGACGAGACCCUCAACGGUUAGCACGCCAACAGACGGGCCCACCUUGGUGACAAAGCCGUCAACGGAGGAGGCGGAUUCAUCCACGGCAGCGAGUACUACGGGACAGGCGACCACGACGGCUGCCUCGCUUCAGCAAGGCUCUUCCUGUUCAGACGGUCAGUCAAUCAACAAAUGA